AUGGCGUUCCAAAAAAGUACGUUCGUUUUUUUCUUAAUUUUCGCAAUCGCGUGCAAAGAGGUUGCUGCUUGGACAAUCGAUUUGCCGGAAGUAAGGAGGUUCUUAUUCGAAAAACAUGAGAAAUAUAAAAAGGAAAGUAAGAAUGAAUACCAGGAUUAUGUUAUAAAUAAGGACCAGGAGUUUUAUAGCAAUAUUCAGGGCAACAGCAAGCAUAAUUCAGAGCAUGAUUACGAACACGACCAUGACAAAGAUGAUGAAAAUUAUGCUGACGAAUAUGGCUAUCACAACUACAUGGAAAAGAAAGUGCACAAAAUGGUGCGUGACGGAAGCUCGUAUCUCGAAGGUCUUCGCCGGUCCUUGGAGAAUUACACCGAGUUCUUAGAAAGCUGCAACCGACAGAAUUCCAGUCAAGUAAGUAUUUGGGUAAUAGACAAAAUUAAUAAUCAAUUAAACAGUGAAGGAAAACGUCGUAAGUUAUGUGCAGUUCAAUCAAUCCGCACGAAUUUACUGUUAAUAUUAUUACUGAUCUGUAUUUAUAAUAAAACGUCGAUUGGCUCCCCAUCCAACUCUUCAUGGAGUCCACCUUACUACCCACCAGGAUCCUCUUCCCCAAAUGUCACAGGUCCAACUCCAAUCCUCAACUACCAGAACUUCGAUUCCGUGGACAUUCCUAUGAAAUCCAAGAACUCCCCGGAGAUGCCCACUCCAAGGCCAACCACGAGGCCAAGGACAGGCAGUCGUAUGUCCUGCGACGAGGCCAAUGACGUCAAGGAGCAAGUCAGACGUUACGCGGAAUUGUCUAUGUGGGCGACUAAAAGACUGCAAGAUAUUGCUUAUGCUAAAAAAUAUCAGAAGACUGAUGAAGAAGAAGAGGACGAGUUGAUCCUGAAGCUGGCCUGGUUCCUGGACCGGCUGGCGUACCUCACGGGCUACGAGCCCGACUACAAGACGGAGGAGCCCAGGAGAACCACAAGUAAGAUGACUUACCACGAUUUAUCCAUAUCAAAGACGAAGAGACUGUCGAAUGCCAACCUUUUUCCAUCUUCCCCAGGUACUUCCACUCCUGAACCAACACCGUUCACCCUGGUGCCAGCAUCGGAAGACCAGAAGCAGGAGAUGAUGGACUGCAUCCAGCGGAACUCCUCGGAGCCAGCGACUGUCCGGUGCCGGUAUCCGAACCAGAUACCUGACAUCAUGGCGCAGAUGAUGAGUGGCGGCACAACACAAUCACCGCCGUCCCGACCAUCGCGAUCAAACGGCGUUAUCCCAUUAUCAGAACAAUCCGAACUCUUAAUCACCGCCGACUCAUCACCACUUACUCGAAAAUUAAUCACCAAACGUUCGACCGAAUAUACUACUUACUACUACCCACCAAAACCAUUUCACGAACCGUCAUACCCAGCCCCGAUUGUCAAAAUUAUAAAACAUAGAUUGUCAAAUAUUAAAGCGAUUGUAAAAUCGAUCGUCGAGAAAAGAAUAGCUCACAUCGUUGAAAAGAAUGAAGUCAAAAAACAUUUCGAAAAGCGAUCUAUCGACAACGCGUCGGAAAGCAGUAAUAAUAAUAUUAAACAAAUCAAUGCUGUGAAAAAUGAAAAAUCGGUCAAAAAACUACCCUUAAGUGAACACCCUGUUUUGACACAUUACCCUGUGUCCGAUGUUUCUGUAGUCAAUACGAAAUCGUUUAAAAAACGCUCCGUAGAUCAAAAUAGUUUAACAAACAAUCAUAUUGACCGAUUAACGAAAUUUAAACCUAUUAAAAAAGCAACUAUUUCACAAAAAAAGUUUGAAACUUUACUCAAAGCAAAAAAAGCAUCUCACCAUUCAAAGUAUUUGUCACAAAUAAAAACGAUUAAAAAACGAUUCGUAGAAGAUCCAUUAUCAAAACUAGCUAAUUACUAUUUAAAAUACAAAGUAUGGGACAAUUCUAAUCCAACAACAAAGAAAAUCUCAAAAAAAUCCGAAACAUUUGACGUAAAAAAUAACCUAGAAACGUUGACAAGACACAAGCGUACAUUAUUCAAGAAAAACGUGAUACACGUACACACUAAUAAGCCUGUACGUGUAGGACACCCACACCCACACAUACACAAAAAGGAGCACAAACCAAAAUUACUAUUAACUUUACAAAAACUGCACGAAUUAAAGAAGAAAGCUGAGAAAAAAGUUCAUAAAGUCAUCAAAAGAUCUUUGCAUUACGAAGAUAUGUAUCUCCCGCGUAUUCCGAUGAAUCCACAAGGGGACAUCAGUUAUUACGUCAAGAAUAAAGAAGGCAGAAAUUAUAACCCUAGUUUGGUCCAGGCAGGUCAAGUUAGGCUGGGCUUAGAGCAAAUAUUUCAGACGGGUAAUAUUGAAAUUGUUCACCGGUUCGGCUCUAACUAUAAUCCGCUGAUCCCCGCGCCGUUUUACGCGGGAAUUAUUGCUACGAAUGCUGAUGCUUAGGUACAUAUAUUAUUUAGCAGAAAAAAAUUGAAAAAAAAGGGAAUAAAAAAUUCAUUUUUCGGAAAAUAUGAAUUGAGAAAGUGAGCAUCCGAAAUCCAAGUUAAUUUAUUGUGCAUGAAAACUAAAUUAUUUUUCUUAUCUCAUAUUUAUUUUGAUUUUUAA